CGCGUCGGUGAGAAAAAUCAAUCGCACCGCACGAUUCCCGCCUCCGUCGGUCGUCAAGGCAACGCGUAAACAGUGGGGAGACGCGAGCCGAUUCACUCGUCUGUGCAUUUUGUUCGUUGUGUGGUGGUUUUUGUGGAUCUUGGAGAUGGCGGAUGAAGCAGCCCCCGGGGCUCCAGUGGAGAAGAUUGUGCACACGUACCCGCUGAUUCGACACACGGAUAUGAGCGAAGAGAUGCGGAUAGAGGCCCUCGAGCUGUCCGUGACAGCUUGCGAGAAGUACGCCAACAACAACGAGCUGGCGGCGCGCAUGGUUAAAGAGAACAUGGACAAGAAGUUCGGCCCCGCCUUCCAUGUGGUGGUGGGCGAGAGCUACGGCUUCGAGAUCACGUAUGAGUGUACCACUAUCUGCUAUAUUUACUUUGGGGGGAACCAGGCGAUUAUGAUGUGGAAGUGCUCUUAGAAAUAUAAUUUAGCGAUACAAGCAAGGUCCGCGCAAAUAGUCUGAGGAAUUUCGAAAUGAGAAAGCGGGGUGGGCGGGGCUACCCAAGGGUUUGGCCUCAGUGGUGAGGGUUCAGCGCAGCGUUGCGUUCAAGUUUCCAAAGUUUUAAAGCAGCAAGUGUUUAAUAAUGGACCCCACGCCACAAACCUGGCUCGAACGUCUAUUCUGCAGUUUGCACGCUACUGAUUCCUUAGAUUUCGUGCGCGAACUGUAAUGGUGGCCAUACACCAUCCUUCCUAUUGUCCAAUCGGCAUGACGCUGCAGGCUUGAUCCAAUCUGCAGUUCGGCUAUAUACACCACACACGAUCAGUUUAAAUUGUCCAAUCGACAGCGACGUUCAGUUGUGGUAGCCAUACACCAUCCUUCCUAUCGUCCAAUCGGCAUGACGCUACCGAUCCCGGGAGCGCGGUAGCCCUGAUCACAGACAAAUCUUGACCUGACUGAACUGACGAUCCGACGAUCGCCGAUCGCCAUACACGGUCCAAUCGGCAUGAUCCAAUUGCCAUGAUCAAGCCAAAAAGAAUCGAAAUUCGAUUGUGCCGUCAAGUAUAACUGUCAUGCCGUUCCACUCCCACACGGUCAGUUCAAAUUCUAUCGGUAGCGUCAUGCCGAUUGGACGAUAGGAAGGAUGGUGUAUGGCCACCAUAACAGCCACUAUACAAGGUGUCUAUAGAGCAGUGCGUCAGACAGGUUUUUUCUCAGUUUUAGUUUAUUAUACUUCUCAACGAUUAGCCUAAAAAGCGGCAAUUGCAAACGCUGAAGCACUGAUGUUUAGCACCGACAUAAACAUAUAUUACUUCUUUUGUGAGAAUAUGUUUACAGCAUAAAGAAUGGCAUUAUACGUCGGUGUUAUUGUUAGCCAGCAAACAAAAUGUUUAGCUGUAAAGAUACCUAAAACCAACAAAGGUAUUUUCUGUAACUAUUCUUAUUUUUAGUUGUACCUUUGAUUACCUCGAAGUGGCUGUUAUAGUAAUGCCUCGAGACGAAAUGUCUGGAACGCCGAUCCAUUCGUAUGUAAAUCCAAGCCGCUACAAACACGAGUAGCCUUUAUUAGCAUAAGUCUGGGUAAAUGACUUUUCAAAUUGUUUUCUCAUAGUUAUUUCUGUGGGACACGCGCUGAAUAGUGCAUACUUUGUUGUUGAAAGAACACGUUAUAUUUUUUAAUAAUAAUGAAAAAUAUCAACCGAUCAAACAAAUUGUAUUCUAUUACUACUAUCAUUUGAUAUUUACCAGCCGCUUUUCGGUGAAGGAAAACAUUGUAUAGUAAUAAGUAGGUACGCAAUAAUAAUGAUGUAGGCGGUAAAUAAAUUAUAGACGCUCACCAUUAUGAGGUCAUCCACAUUAAGAUAGUGCCAAAUGCACAUAAGUUGCCCAAUACAAUCAAUAAAGAAUGUAUUUUGAUAAUCCUGAUAAGCAUCGUGCGUAUUUUGUUACUAAACUGACAAUAUAUUGAGCCUUGUUCACUUAUAACUUAUAAAUAGAGACAAAAUUCAAUUGAGAUAUUCUUUAAUAGAGGUAGAGCAAGGAACAGAUUUGAUGAAUGCUAGCAAACUUCGUAAUUAUCGCAAACCAUUAUUGUAAUAGCUCUAUAACCAUCAAGCAACCUUGAGACCUCUGUCCAAGAACAGGAACCGUGGGCAGCGCAGUGUUUACCAUGACUUAGGUACCCCAAUCGCCGAACGCACCAGAAUAACGGCGACCUUGCCUUGAAAGAAAAGACAUUAAUUUGUACAUACUAGGAGAAUAUUCUUAUACUGGACGUCUUAAGAUGAUUCGUUUGAAGCUAUGAGAAUAUUCGCCCAGGUUCUAUUGUCCAUUGAGUCAUAUCAAGUCGCCAGAAAUAAUUAUGAAUAGGAAAACCAACAUUAAACAAUUAACUUAAUUCUUACAACAACAACAUAAUGUUUGUUUUCGCUUGAAAUGUUUUGUGCUUGUUGUAUAAGUACUGGGCAGUUUUUUUUACAAUAAUUUUGUCAAUUAUACGUACUUUUUGUAAUCGUUAUGAUAUUCUGGGACAAGGUACGUGAACGUACAAAUCGAGGCCAUAACGAGAGAUGCAUUUUUUGCAUGACAUUAUUUAAUAGGUAUAUUGAUUAAUAUAAUAACACUUAUAUUUAUGUGAGUGAUGGUGUUGAUAUUAUAAUUAUUUUAUAAAUCUACAAAUAAAUCACUAUAUUUUGUAAAA